AUGCCCGAGUACACUACGCUUCCUACCCUGCGAGGGUGUUUGAAUGCACUUCUCUCGUGGUUACCACAUAAAGAGAGCCCUCGCCAACACGAAAUCAUCGAAGCCGAAGAGGAGUUCCUCAGCUUCUGCGGAAUAGCGUCGAGAGCCGGCCGGAAGAGCAAGAUAUGGCGCAUCGAUUCAACAGACAAUACGUCCGAGAUUCCUACUUACCUCUUAACCUUGAUCGAAGACUACAGCAUCGCCAUGAGACCGACUGGAACUGUUGCUACCACCGCAGACAUUCCUAUUCCAAGCCGUCCUCGAGUUGACGCCAUCCUAAAUCAUGUCCUGGCCACCGUCAAGCGCAGGGUCCUGGCAGGCCUCACAUCACAGGAGCAAUCGGAGGCCUGCGGAAGGCUACAAAGAAUCUUUUGGAGCUAUGAGCAGGUGGUCCAUCUGGCAGAUACGGCCCAGAGACAGGGAAAUAUUUUGGACUGCGCGGUAGACUAUGUACUGUGGCAUGGAGACCAGCCAGGGCUGGAAACGAAUCUCAUCGUCGUCCGCGCCGUCAGGCCAGUCGGCACCAAUGGAGAUGAACAAUGUCGGCCAGUCCUUGCUGCCAUGUCGUUGAUACAGCAUAAUCGAACGAAGCACAGCGCCAACAAAGAGACAUAUGGGGUGCUGACUGAUGGCUAUGAAUGGAUAUUCUUGCAUAUAGACAAGAAAUACAAGCUCUCCUCGCUGAAAUUGAGCUGGAAUGAGGACCACCAAGCGGUCGUCAACCAGUUCAGCAAGAUAAUAUACAAGGCAUUCAAGCUCAAGUUAUCGUGCCCCGAGGAGGAACUGCCGGAUCUGAUAUGGAAUAAAGAAGCAAGGGAGAUGGCCACAAUUUGGAAUUCACCAAAAUGGAAGAAAGAUUACCGGGAUGGGGAGAGCUCUGACGAGGAACAUGAGCAGGAAUACCCUGACUUCAAGUCACUCCAAAACAAGUGGUUCGCCGACCUCGAAAUGCAGUUCCGUCAGUUUAGGAGCUCCGAGCAUGGCGUUAAUACACCUGAUACCUCCCGCCGGUAUCAUGCUCAAAACCAUUCAGAAAAGCCAAGUUCGACCUUUAACGAUUAG